AUGCAUAAGGUGGCUAUCCCAUACCACUCUCAGACAAAUGGUCAAGCGGAACUCUCAAACAGAGAAAUUAAGCUCAUUCUUGAAAAGACAGUGCAACCUAACAGAAAGGAUUGGAGCAAAAGGCUAGAUGAUGCACUUUGGACAUAUUGUAUAGCAUAUAAAAGCCUGAUUGGCAUGUCUCUAUAUUGGAUUGUCUUUGGUAAAGCUUGUCAUCUAUCAGUAGAGGUAGAGCACAAGGCAUAUUGGGCUAUCAAAAGCUGUAGCCUUGAUCUUGCUAGUGCUGGUGCUGAAAGAAAGUUACAAUUGCAAGAACUUGAAGAGCUUAGGAGAGAAGCAUAUGGGAAUGCUCAGAUCUACAAGGAAAGAACUAAGGCUAUCCAUGACAAGCUUAUCUUGAGAAGGGAGUUUCACCUCCGUUCUGAAUGGGAAGGACCUUUCAUUGUCACUAAUGUUUUUCUUUAUGGAGCUGUAGAGAUUAAGAGAGAGCCAACUGGAAGAUGCUUCACAGUCAAUGGUCAUCGCUUGAAGCCUUACUACGAGGGAUUCUCCAUCUACGAUGUAGAGGUUAUCACACUAUGA